UGGCGUUUAUCCAAGUUAUGCGCUCAGGAGGUUGUGCAUUACAGCAGACCCUCACAUCGGAGGCUGCAUCUGUGUUGAAGCAUUCUCUGGGCUUGGCUCGCAGGAGGGGCCAUGCCCAGGUCACUCCACUCCACGUGGCAGCCACCUUGCUCAGCCUUAGAGCCAGCUCCUUCAGAAGGGCUUGUCUCAAAUCUCACCCUCAUCAUCAAACUUCUCCGCAUUCACAUCAUACUCUCCACUGCAGAGCCCUUGAGCUCUGCUUCAAUGUGGCUCUCAACAGGCUCCCAACCACACCAACUCCAAAUCUGCUUCACACCCAGCAGCCUUCUCUGUCAAAUGCCCUCAUUGCUGCUCUCAAAAGAGCUCAGGCUCACCAGAGAAGGGGUUGUAUAGAACAACAGAAUCAGCAGCCACUUUUGACCAUAAAGGUAGAGCUUGAACAGCUGGUUAUAUCUAUUCUUGAUGACCCUAGUGUUAGCAGGGUUAUGAGGGAGGCUGGGUUCUCUAGUACUGCUGUGAAGAGCAGUAUAGAGGACUCUUCAGUUUCAACUCCUUGUUCCGUUUUCCAGUGUUACGGAACUUCUGGAGGUGUCUUUUCUUCUCCUUGUUCUCCUUCUCCUAGUGAAAACCAGAGAGAAACCAUCAAUUCCAACAGUUUCAGACAGGCCCACUUCUACGCUACUCCUGAGUACUACAACAAAGUUCUUUUCUCUCCUCAGAAGAGAACCCCAGUGUACCCCAUCACUGAACCAGCUUCAUCUAGGGAAGACAUCAGGUUGGUUUUGGAUGUGCUCUUGAGGAAGAAGAAGAAGAACGCUGUGAUAGUUGGGGAUUCUGUGUCCAUCACUGAAGGCCUCGUGGGACAGUUGAUGGGAAGACUAGACAAAGGAGAGGUCCCUGAUGAGUUGAAGUCAACUCGUUUCAUCAAGUUCCUUCCAGCACCAGUUUCCUUGAGGUUUAUGAAGAGAGAUGAAGUUGAAAUGAACCUACUGGAGCUGAAAAGAAAGGUGGAUUCCACUGCAUCAGGAGGAGGUGGUGCCAUUAUUUACAUUGGAGAUCUGAAAUGGACAGUGGAGGCAACUUUCUUUAGCGAAAAAGAGGAGGGAGGAGAAGCAUCUGGAUAUAACCCAGUGGAUCAUCUAAUUGCAGAAAUAGGAAAGUUGUUCUCUGACCACGGAAGCUCGUCAGGCGCUAAGGCAUGGUUGAUGGCCACUGCAAGUUACCAAACAUACAUGAGAUGUCAAAUGAGGCAGCCUGCUCUCGAGACCCAGUGGUCUUUUCAGGCAGUUCUUGUUCCUUCAGGUGGACUUGGCUUGAGUCUUCAUGCUUCCAGUGUUCUUGAGUCAAAAAUGACCAAUCCCCAGAACCCAUCUCAAAUGCUGGAAAAGAAUCUCUUCAGUUAUAGGGAGGAGCAGGAUAAGCUCACUUGCUGUCAAGAAUGUGCCUCUAACUAUGAAAAGGAUGCUCAAAUGUUCAAGCCAGGCCAGCCCAAACUCAUGCCUUCAUGGCUUCAGUCUCAUAGCAUUGAAGCCCAUCACAAGGAGGAAUUAACCGAGUUGAGAAGAAAAUGGAAUAGACUAUGUCAGUAUCUUCACCAAAGCAAGCAUUCCCACAACCAUUGGAACAACAGUUUAUACACCAAUCACAGUCCAAACGGGAAGAUUUAUCCCUACAAUUCUUCAUAUCCCUUGUGGUCAAAGCAAGGAAGUAUUUUCCCAGAUUCAAGCUGUAUAUCAUUUGCAGAUUCUGCUGUUAAAUCCACUCAUAGCUCUAAUCUUGUACCUCGAUUCCGACGCCAACAAUCAUGCACUAUUGAGUUAAAUUUUAGCAAUGGAACUCAGAAACAGCAGCAAGCAGCAGCAGAAGAACCAAGCUUGGAUUCUCUCAAGGGCAUGGAAGGUAAAGAAGUAAAGAUUACUCUUGCUCUAGGGAAUUCCCAAUUCGGUGGUUCAGAGCAAAGGGAGGAAAAUACAACUGAUACAACACAGCGAGGAGCUCAUGUUUGUAAACUGUUGCAGGAGAAUGUGCCAUGGCAGUCUGAAACAAUCCCUUCAAUAGCAGAGUCUUUAUUUGUUGACUACCAAUCAAAAAAGCAAAACGCAGCUUGGUUGAUUUUGCAGGGCAACGACUCUGUAGGGAAAAUAAGGUUGGGUCGCGCAAUUGCCGAAUCGUUCUUCGGCUCAGAUGAUCUGCUUUUUCAACUGGACAUGAAGAAAAACAAGAACUUAGCAUCUCCGUUCUCUGAAAUGCUGAGGAGAGCUUUGGAAGCGCAUAAAGAACUCGUUGUCUUAAUCGAAAACAUUAAUUUCGCCGACACCGAUUUCAAAAAAUUCCUCGCGGAUAUUUAUGAAACAGGAAAGUUCGGCCGAGCAAUAUUCAUGGUGACGACAGGUGGCUCAACGAUAAACGAAGAACAGGAUCAUGACUCAGUGAUGCAAUUAACAUUGCAGGUCAGCGAAAACAAUCCAAACUCGGAGACACAUUGCGUCGUGGGCCAAAAGCGAAAAGCAGAAUUCGAUCUGUUCGCGAAAAUAAAAAACCCAAGAGCCGAAGAGAAAGAAGAGGAAUCGAACAAAAAGAAGGACUUCUCGAGACAGUCAAGCUUCAACACCCUUGAUCUGAACAUGAAAGCCAACGAAGACGACGACGAAGACGGUGAAGGAGAGAGUAGCGGUAGCCCCAUUUCAAGCGAUUUGACCCGAGAAACAAUGCCCGAUCCCGCAGACCCAAAUGGGUUUCUGGAGUCAAUCAAGAAGCAAUUCGAGUUGAACCGAAGUCCAGCUCGAGAGAGAGAAAUCGCUGAGCUAUUCUCAUCGAAAAUCAAAGGGAGCUUUGAAGAACUUCACGGGAAGCAAAAUGGGAGGAGUUUCAGUAUAGAAGAGAAGGUGAUAGAGGAAAUAGCAGGUGGGUGUGGUAGUUUUACUAACAGUGUGUUUGAGAAAUGGCUAAAAGACAUUUUUCAAAAAAGCUUAGAAACAGGAAAGGAGAAAGAGGGUAUAGGUUUUAGACUUUGUUGGGGUGGUAAAGGUAGAGGAGGCGAAAUUAGGGUUUUGGAUAGUGGAGAAGGCGGUGGAUUCAUGGGUUCAUGUCUGCCCAAAAGCAUCAAAGUUAACUACUUGAUGGAUUGAUGAAGAAGAUGACUGACUUUGGGGAUAAGGGCUUUUAUGUAAAAUUAUUAUAUGUAAAAUGGGAGUAAUAGGGUUUGUGUAACUUACUGAUUUUCAUAAUUAUAUUGCAUGGGGGUGUUUCUUA